UCACUUUCGGUUUUCUUUUCUGGAAAACUGACGCGGCGCGGCCUGGGCACCGGGAUUUCCCGACUGGACCCGGAAGGCAUCUCCAGGCAGGGUCCAGGAUCUCCUUAAAUGAUCCCUGGUCUCGUCAGGGAACCUGGGUGACAGCCCGCCCGCCAUCCAGGAUGAUCUCUAUGUCCAAGGCCUUGGAAGAGGCGCUUCUCCAGCACUUCACGUACACAAAGCUGGACAUUGCCUAUGCCAUCAACAAGCCGUUCCCCUUCUUCGAAGCCCUCCGGGACAACUCCUUCAUCACUGAGAAAAUGUACACGGAAUCUCGGCAAGCCUGUCAAAAUCUGGUCCCUCUAUCCAAAGUGGUGCACAAUGUUCUCACCAGUCUGGAGCGGACUUUCGAUGUGUCACUGCUCCUGACGCUGUUCAGCCAGGUCAACCUACGCGAAUACCCCAGCCUGGUGGCAAUUUUCAGAAGCUUCAAAAACGUCGUUACUGCCUAUGAAGGGAAUAAGAGAACUGCUCAGUCCCUACUCCAAGUCCCAACUGACCUAGCAGAAGGGCACUCCUUCCGGACUCUGCUGCCGUCGACCCAACCAUCUCUACCAAGUCGUCUGUCCUCUGCACCAAGAGUCUUUGAGCCUGGAGCAGCCUCACAGCAAAUCACUGAGAUCCUGGAUGAGCAGCCCAGCCCUUCUCACACAGCUGCGCCUCCCCCUGGCUUCAUUCAGAAAGGAAAGACCACUCUAGCUACAACUGAUAAGGAAGAAGACUCGGAAAGGAUGCCCAGCACUUCCCCUGACACCAUGCAAAAGUCCUCCAGGGAUCCCCCGAGAAAUGAUAAAGAUGACUCUCUAGAGAUAUCCCCCAAUCCCUCGGGCUCCAUGCCAGUGGUCAAGGACAACUUAACAUCCAAGGCUAAGGAGGAAGAAGACUCAGGAGGGCAGCCUCCCGGUACCCUUGGCUCUGUGCAAGCAGUAAAAGAUGAGCCUCCUGCACCAAAUGACCUGCAGAUGCCCCAGGAAGCACCCAGCACACCUGCCAACAAGAAAGCAAAAAGAAAGAAAAGAUGCAUCUGGUCAACUCCCAAAAGAAGACAUCAGAAGAAAAGACCCCCACAAGGGGUGACCUCACCAGGACAUGGAGUCCAAGGGAAGCUCAAAGUGGUGGGUCAGAGGACUCCGUGGAAGAGUGAUUCAACCAGGACCCAGGAGGCAAGGACUAAGUGUGCUCAGACAUCCAGAUCACAGGAGAUCAGCAAUGGGGCUUCAGAAACAAAUGGAAGGAGGAGGCCUCAAAGGAUGCUCAGCCUAUCACCAAAAGCCACAAGAGGGAAGUCCAAUGAUGACACUGUGGAUUUUCUCUCUCCUACUCUUCCUGUGACCUGUGGUGAGGCCAAAGGGAUUUUGUUCAAGGAGAAAAUGAAGCAAGGACCCUCAGUAAAAUGCAUUCAGAAUGAGGCAGGGGAUUGGCUCACCCCAAAGGAAUUUUUAAUUGAAGGAAAAAGGGCCCAGUCAAGAGACUGGAAGAAAGUUAUACGGUGCAAGGCGAAGACCUUAAGAUUCCUGGAGCAGGAAGGACUUUUGCUCUGCACCUCCAACAGUAACCUCAAGAAAAGGGUGGCUAGCUGAUGAACUCCUGACACAUACUCAACUCUCGGUGUCUGACCUUCACCUCCGAGCCCCUGAGUGUCCCAGCUCUGAAGCCCUUCCUGUUUGGGCUGGUCCAGCGCUGGGUACAUGCUCACGAUGCCUCUUUUGACAGCUGAUGUGCAAUGGAAACUUGCCUGAAUCCUGGAAAUGAAAAACGAAGCUGUUGGUGUCUGUGUGCCUUAGAAAAUGGUCUUGAUAUUAGGAUGCAUACAAACUAAAGGUGCCAGAAGAGAAGGCUUUAGUGCAAGAAGCAAAUAUGAUACCAAGUAUUGUUCAAUGCCACAUGCUUAUUGUGUAUAGCAUGGACAGAUGUCUAGUACAGUGAUUCAAGUGA